GCAUUAUUAGAAUUUUGAAUUAAUAUUAGAAAAUCGUAGAACUUGUCCACCAAGCAGAGCACAUUUGCGGUUCCCGCCAGAAACAACUAUCAGCGCCAUCUUCAUAAGUCAUACUCGCCAUAUUCCUGUCGUAUUGUCAAAUUAUUCCCAGGAUGGAAUUUUCUUUCAGUGUCCAAAAGAGUCAUCUUCAAGAUUCAUUUAUUUACCAGGAUGGUAAUGCAGAUAAAAAGGAUCGACAGGAUGGUUUCAAAGAGGCAAAACGACGGAAUAUAGUAUUGCUUGAUGAAAUGUUAUAGUGCACUUAUCCGGCAGAGAAAUUAUGGUAAACAUAAAUUCAAAAUACGCGCCUUUCGCCAUUCAGUAUCUCGAUUCUCAAGUAUCGAUAUCGCUCUGCGACAUACUUCACUCGGUAUCAUUGCGGUGGUGCUGGGAUUUUUAUUAUUAGUGUUUUCACGUUUAGGUUAGAAUAAUCAUAUAAUAUAAAUACGAAUUUCGAAAGUGAUCUAGGAAUCGGAAUGUCCCGUGAAUGUUAUAAACUUAGCAAAAGUAAAAAUUGUGACACUUAUGAAAAUCUGACAUUACCGAAAAAUUUAUUCUAACAUUAUUGUGAAAAGAACAUUUUUCGUUUAUAAUUUUUGACAUACGUUUAUAUGUUUCGUGUUUAUUUACGUGUCGUUUAAGUUUUUAGUUUAAUUUCGUGACACUGUGACAAUUUUUCAAGAAAUUAAUUGUUUUUAUUAUUAACAAAAAAAAAGUGAAAAUAUGGCUAGUGGAGAAGCAAUGCAACAUCACUCUGGAGAAGAUAUGAGAUGGAAGAAGGAUAUUAUUUCUCAAUUAAGAGAACGAAAUAGAUCUCAGACUCAAUGUUUUCAAGAUCUUAUUAGUUUACAUAAUCGACUCUUUGAGAGUGCCAACACAUUGAGAGGCGAGAAUAUACAAUUAUCUAUAAGAAAUGAAAAGCUGUGUCGAGAAAUUGCAGUGGGUGGAAGUACUGGAGCAGGUACAAAUGUCGAAGCACGUUUAUUGGCACAAGCUGAAGAAUUGGCAACUUUACACAGGAGACGAGGAGAACAUACACAACAAAUAGUAGAUCUCAAUAAUAAAUUGCAAGUUCUUCAAAAAGAACUUCAAACUAAAGAAACAAGUCUUGCAGAAACUAUGGAAUUUAACAAUACGUUGCGUCUUGAUAUUUCAAAGUACGUAAUGAAGGAGAAGGAAUUGGAAAAUAUCAAUCAAACUCUGAAAGACGAACAUCAAGCUUUACAACUUGCUUUCGCCUCUUUGGAAGAAAAACUCAGGAAAGCUCAGGAAGAAAAUCGUCAAUUGGUGGAGCGUUUAAUUAAAUAUAAAGCCAAAGAUGCAGAUAAAAUGAAUGAAGAAAAUGAUAAUUUCUUGAAUGAGAGUUUUACCAGCCCGACAGCCUUUUUGAUGCAUACCAUUUCAAAGUUUGGGAAGAGGCAAGCAAAAAUGCAGAAGGAAUUAGAGGAUGCAGCACGUGAUACAAGACCAGUUAGUCCUGAUCGACUAAGUGUCAAAGAAGGAAUUGUUAGUCUUCCCACCGCAGUUCCCACCAACGUCUCCAUCAAAUUUAAUGCACAUGAUGGAGAAGUGAAUGCGGUGAGAUGGUCUCCUGUCGAUAGAAUCCUUGCAACUGGAGGUGCUGAUCGAAAAGUAAAAUUGUGGGACAUUUCGAAAGGUGCUUUUGAGUGUAAAGGAAUGCUAGUGGGAAGUAAUGCCGGCGUUAUGUCUGUGGAUUUCGACACAACAGGAACACUAAUAUUGGGAGCCUCGAACGAUUUUGCAAGCCGGGUUUGGACAGUUAGCGAUCUUCGACUAAGGUUGGAGUCUAUUCAAGCGCCUAGUCGAAGGAUUUCUUCCUUUUUUGGAGGGCGGAGGGGAGAAAUGUGGAAAAUGGUGGAAUUGAUACAGUCGGAGAACAAUGUAGACAUUCUGCGAUAUUCUCGGAAGUGUAAAAUACGUGAAUAAGGCAUAAAUCUUCUAGUCGGAAAAUGUUAACGUGAGUGCACGAUUUCGCGACAUAGACUGAUGACAGGGAAGGUAAUGGUGACAGGAUGAGAUAUCCAUAUAUGCGAAAGUCAAAAUAAAUAACCCACUUUAACGAGCCUUUCGUCCUUGCUCUCUCGGUGGUUUGAAAUAUAGGUUACUACGUUUGGAAUUUUUUCAUAUAAUAAAAUUAUAUUUCCCCUUCAGAUUUAUACGAAAACCGCGUCAG